AUGCCUAAUGUCCUCAUUGUCAAUGACAAUGCUUCCUUCGCUUCAAGUGAUACCUUCUCUACUCAAGAUUCGAUAGAGCAACCACGACAUGCCCUCCGUCGAAGAAACACGGUUUCCCAGCUCACAAGAAGGGUGUCGAAGAGGAUAUCUCACACAAUCCUCAGGGCCGGAGUUCAAGAGCAUCAGCUGAGCGAAAAGAAUCUCAAAAGCCUCAACGACACAACAAAUAUUGACUCACAUAAUCUACGCUCGCCAGCUCAUCCGGUUCAUGAGGUUAAAAUACACGACCCUAUUCACGAAGAAAUUGAGGAGGAAUGCCCAGCUUUUGAUGUGAAAGCAGCGAGAGAGAUGCGUCUUCAACAGUCAUACGCUGCCUUCUGUCAAAACUUUACGCUCUCGGGGACCACAACGACGAGUACGAAGUUCGACUUGUCAAUGGGAGUGGAGUGUGCAGACAAACAUACACAGUCCUCUCACACGGACCAGACUCUCAAGGACAACGACACAUCCGAACUGUUGGGUUUUCAUGCCAAUCCCGAGCACAUAGCGGUCCAAAGGCCCAGGCCAGGCACCGUCGCAUUUCCAAUAUCAUGCCCACCUACAGAUCUUGACAAUACAUCAAUAUUACACUCAACAACUGUCGAGAAAUUCUCUUCAGAAUUUCCAGUCACAGAAACAUCAAAGGUCGAGAAAGCCAUCAAAAUAACCCCCGACUCCGAUUACCUCCAACCACCCCCUCAUAUCAUCACCCCAACUGUCUGGAUGGACAUGCAGCGCGACGAGCGAGAACGCAAAGCAUCUCGACGGCAGAGACUCCUAAAUCCGUUUCGGUCGUGGUUUAUGACAAGCCAGCCCUCUUGGGGGCGGAGGUAUGAAGUCGUUGAAUAA